AAUAUCAAACACAGUCAUGGACAAUUUUAUAUCUCCAUUCACCUCACUUGCACGUCUUUGGACUGUGGGAGGAAACCGGAGCUCCCGGAGGAAACCCACACAGACACGGUGAGAACAUGCAAACUCCACACAGAAAGGACCCGGACCGCUCCGCCUGGGGAUCGAACCCGGGACCUUCUUGCUGUGAGGUGACAGUGCUACCUGUAAAUAAGUAAGAUGUCGUUUGUGCGGAUUAAUCGGCGACCGGUACGAACCAAGAAAUCCUCAGCUCUGAGGAAGGAAUGGGUGAGCACAGUGACUGACCUCUCAAUGCACAAGCCUACGUCCGAGGAACUUUCUAGACGACAUGAGAUGCACAUGUCUCGCAACAAAGCUGCAGCGCAGUGGGAGCUGAGAGAGAAAACACUGAAGACGAGGAAAUCUCGGUCAGCCAGCCCUCCAGGAUUAGAUCGAACCAGACUGAGAUUAUUCAGAGAGAUGUUCUCAGAUCAGUAUCAGCUCCAUGAUGUUCUAGCACGUUCUGACAGAGCUCUGGCGGCAGUGAAAGAUCUGUUCGGUGAUGCACCUUGCAGACAGACUGGCUUUCCCAGUGUUACCAUGGCUCCAGGCUGUGAAUCUGAUUCUGAACUUCCUGUACUCCAGAAACCAGAUCCACCAACACAGCUUUCACUACUGAGCCAAUCCAUGAUGGACCAAGAGGCUUUAAAUGAGUUUGAUGAUUCAGUAGGAGAGCACGGGGUUCAGGAUCAGGACGACUUGGUCAGCUUCAACACUGAAAUUCCCAGGCCAAAAAGAAAAACAUGUAAAGCUAAACCUCCUGGCUGGACCACAAGUCAGAGACGGCAGCAGCAGAACCUUCCUCAGACUCCCUGUAAUGCAGCCAUGAGUUCAGAGGAGCAGGCAGCCCUGAAUGCUACGGUGGCUGUGCAGCGUUUGAAGUCAAGGCAAUAUCAGCCGGACGCUGAUCAGUCCACCACUCUGGUUACGCAGGUUCUCAAUCCUGCUCCAUCUCAUUUAGGUGGUAAAAACAGACCUGGCAGAAACACUAGAGGACAUUUUUCUGAAGCACAGCUGAACGGCUCAGGGUUUAGCUCCGGAAGCGCUAACCACUCGAGUCUGGAGAUGCUGCAGGACAUGCUGGGUCAGGUCGAGUCCGAGCUGGCCUGUCUGGACCCGCAGGGGAAUCUCGACGACUCGGAGCAGCCUGAGCUGCAGUGCGGGCGGGGCCUCACCGGCUUCUCCGUGGCUCUUGUCGGUGCCCUCGGUCGCAUCGCCGCUCAUCUGAGACGAAAAGAAGAGGAGGCAGAGAAGGAGCAACAGGUGAGGAAACGAAUGGAAGAGGAGCUGAAGGAGCACAGGAAUCUGAUCGAUGCCCUCACAGCUGAGUGUCUCGCACUAAGAGAGGAGAGCGCCGCCCUACAGGCAAAUCUGCGAGGACGGCUAACCGAACUCGAACAACGACUGGACAUGGUGAUCCUUACGAUGGGAGAAAUGGGGAACGAUGGAAAUGCACAGGGAGAAUUUGAUGAAGAAGAACAUGUCCCAGGUGGUCAUCUGAAGCCUGGACCUACUGAAGAAGACCAAGCUGCUGCUGUAAUGCUCUCUCCUCCCCGCCAGAGAGACGCCAAAGCGCCCCCUGCAGCACGCACCCGCUCUUUGCAUUUCGAGGGCUCUAACACACCCAGCAGCGGGUCGGCUGCGGAGUCUGACUUCUCAUGCUCGCCGUCCUCCUUCGCCAGCCUGCCUGAAAGCGUCUUGCCACGUACCGUCCAGCUCCUGACCCAGCCUCCCCAGGACGUCCUGUUGGACCAGAUUGCGGUUUUGACCAAUCAGAACGCAGCAAUGCGAAACCAGCUGGGUCAGUACCGCACCUCACCUACUGGGGCUUCGUUAACGAAAGAGCUGAGCGCAGACGGGCACACAGCGCCACCUGCUGGAUAUCAGACCACACAACAGUGUGUGCGUGCAGAUGAUUCCUCUGUGAAGUUAAUGGAGGACAGACUACAGGAGCUAAACCGACAGAGCUCAGCAGCCAGAACCAAACUGCUGGAACUGAUAGAGCAGCAGAAAAACAGCAGCUCCCACAGCGCCUCUCCAGCCAUCUCCCCUAUACCUACUCACUCCACCAGCCCACCUGCAGUUGCUGUACGACGGACUCCUGAAGUCUUUGUGUCUGUACCUGAAAGAGACCGUCCCUCUCACACAAGCAGUAACGACAGGAGUUCAGCUGAAGCCGUUUCUCCACAGACUGCAGGACUGAGGCAGAGCAGUAACUCACAGGUGGAUAAACUGAAAGGAGAAGGCUGGUUUUCACUGUCCGCUCACGUCCGAUAACAGGCAGCACCGCUCUCCACAAACCACCUCAACAAAGGCGCUGCGUGAUGUCACGGUUACCUGCACUCCUCAACGUAGUUCUCACCCAUGUUUUUAUUUUUUAAUAUCACGCACACUAAUAAACUUUACACAAACA